AUGACUUCAAAUAACGAGAGUUCUUCUUCUAUACAAACUUCUCUAAGGGAACAAAUUAUCGAUGUAAAUGCUUUUUCUUCUAACAAUGCAAAUGACGUGAAUGAUCGAGAAUUGAACCCUGAAACCAGAAUCAGUCUAAUAAAAGAGGUUGUAGAACUUCAAGAAGGCUUAAGAGGUCGAAACGGUAAAAAACGAUCACGACCGGAUGCAAUCAGAAAACCAAAUCUUACAAACUUAUAUCAACAACCUGAUGUCAUCCAAUGUGCUGUCGGCAAAUGGCGCAAAGAAAGAUGGUUGACAAUUAGGGACGCGUAUUGA